UUACUAAACUACCUUUCGCGAAACUUAAUCGCGGACUGUAUCUUUAAGUACAAAUGAGGUACUCGUUUACUGCCGAUGACGUAAUUUCAUCACCACGUGGCUGAAUGCGGAAAUGUAUUGCAACGUGAUAUCGAUUUAGUCGAUUGGUUUUAACAGUGAGAUAUCUGCAAGCCCAUCCUGAACAUGGCAGACGGCACAAGAGAGGAGAAACUCAAACGCAUAAAUGAAUCAAUACGAGCAUUUCCAGACUUUCCAACAAAGGGUAUACUAUUCAGAGACAUUUGUCCGAUCCUUAAAGACCCGAAGUCCCUGACUGCAGUCAUUGACUUGUUCGAGGAUUAUGUCCGGCAAAAACACCAAGACGUUGAUCUCAUCGUAGGUCUGGAUGCACGUGGGUUCCUCUUUGGGCCACUACUGGCUCAAAGGUUAGGAAUAGGCUUUGUGCUCGUGCGAAAGAAGGGCAAGCUCCCAGGCCCCACAGUGUCGGUGGCUUAUGAUCUAGAAUAUGGCAAGGCAGAAGCAGAAAUUCAGGAGGAUGCUGUGGCCCCGGGACAGAAGGUUCUACUCAUUGAUGACUUACUGGCCACUGGUGGUACUCUUAAUGCAGCAUGUGCGCUUCUGAAGAAACAGCAGGCGGACAUAGUGGGCUGUGUGGUGGUGGUUGAGCUUAAGGAUCUAAAUGGCGCAGACAAGAUCAAGCCACAUACUGUGUUCUCUCUGGUGCAAUACUGAAGCCCCAGCUUGACACCUGUUCCGCAAUUUCACAAAUGUUCUCUGGGUGCCACUCACUGUGGUUGUCUUACCAGGCCUGACAUCUGUUCAGUUUUUAAGAGUCUUAUCAUUAUCUUUCUUAGACUGUGAACAUGUCCGUUUUGAGUCAGUGGGUUUUGACACCUUACCCCACCUCCCAUUCUGAUGUGGACGUCUCCCAGUUGAGAGUGAAUGGGGUGAUCAGGGUCAACUCCGAGGCAUUCCACAACAUGUAAAGCAUAUAAGAAAAUAGCUUAAUUUAAGUCUUUCAUUGUUUAUAAUAACUUAAUGUAGAAUCAUUAUUAGGACUGCAGGUGGAAUUAAUGAAGAGAAAUGUGUACAGUAGUACACAUUAAAGGACUUCGAGACGAGCUUAUUUUUGGCACAAUAACACGAAAAUGUGCCUUAAGUAUAAUAUUUCAUGCUUUUUGAAUUUAAUGCAUAACCUAUGCAAAAUUGUUUCUAAAAUGUUGUGCACAUGUAUAGGAACAGAUAUCUUGACACAAACACAAAAGCUAUUGGUGUUUAAGUAAAAAAAAAAAAAGAAUAAAUCCAUCCACUUA